UUGGAAACCCUAGAAAGACACUCUCUCUCUCAUCCUUCCACGUUCAUAUUUAAGCCCUGCCUCUCUCUCUCUCUCCAAGCCCUAGAACGGUUCCCUUAAUCAUCUCAUCCAGUGAGAGAGAACCGGCUACUGCAAACCCUAAUUCACUCCAACCAUGACGUUCAAGAGGAGGAAUGGUGGUCGUAACAAGCAUGGACGUGGCCAUGUCAACUUCAUCCGCUGCUCAAACUGCGGCAAGUGCUGCCCUAAGGACAAAGCCAUAAAGAGGUUUCUGGUUCGUAACAUAGUCGAACAAGCUGCUGUUAGAGAUGUGCAAGAGGCAUGCGUUUACGAUGGCUAUACUCUUCCAAAGCUCUAUGCAAAAAUGCAAUACUGUGUUUCUUGCGCCAUCCACUCGCAUGUGGUUCGUGUGAGGUCUCGCACUGAUAGACGUAACCGUGAGCCCCCUCAGCGAUUCAGGCGCAGGGAUGAUGCCCCCAAGCCUGGACAAGCUCCUCGUCCAGCAGGAGCUGCGGCUGCUCGACCAUGAUGAGUUUGCUCUCUCUUCGGAUUUGAUCAGUUUUCUAGGCUUCUUCAUUGCAAUGAGAAACCAUAUUUUUGUUUAAGUCGUUGUUAGGGGUCCUUAUAUGUUAUUUUCUCAAGAAUUGUCUUGAUAGCUUUGGAUUUAAUGUGCUUUUGGAUUUAUACGCAUGUGACUUGAAAACUACCAGCUGUGAAUUUCAAUCUUUUCCAUAUCAUUCCUUCGUUUC